AAGAAAUAUUCAGUUCCUGACGGAAAUAUUGAUGGCUAUAAUCCACCUAAAUCAAAAGACGACAGCAAAAUGCAUUACCAAGAUAAUGAUAAGAACAAAGAACAGAUGACAAAUGAUCAACCAGAUCUAAAACAUAAUGACUCCAAAAGUCAAACACCUUCUGAUGAGAAGAAAAACCUACCCAGACAAAACUCAGGCAAGACCCUUCUGAAGUUCAUAUCAAAGUAUGAUGUGGAAAAUGAAAAAGCACAGCAGGGUAUAAACCCUAAGAGAGAAAAUCAACAAGAUAAUUCAAAUAUCAACAAGCCAGUGGUUCUGCAAACAAAUCCGAUGUCUGGUACUACUAAGAUGGAAAUUGAUAGAAAUAUGAAUAACCUAGAUUCCAGGUCACCAACCCAUUCAUAUAUACAAUCAAGAUCCAAAGACAAUGUCUUUAACACCAGACACACAGGUUACAGAAAACAACCUGCCAACUAUAUUACAAAGACAAAUGAUAAAAUGGCAUCAAAUGGCUCUGAGAGACAGCAAAACACUAACAAACAAUCAGAGGCAAGACCAAAGGACAUGUAUGUUGCGAGACAUAAAACCCCAAAUGAUUUCAAUAACAAUCCUCACGGUGCUCCCAAUAUCCCAGUACAUCUAGGUGCCCCAUAUAGGUACACUCCACCACACCUGGUUGCCUAUCAAUCUGAUGAGGAGCGCAGCAAAGCAGGUACACCACCACCCAUACCAUUUCACACCCACCCAACUACACCACCAAGAGACUGCAUCAAACCAAUAUCAAGUCAAAGACCAGAUAAUAUAAUGAAAAAUGAUGAAAGGGGUAAUGCAAAAACAUAUAGACCAACCCAGUUAGCUACUAAUAAUCAUCAUGAGAGUAACAGACCAUCCCCGACCAAUCUUAAUACAAGGCAUCAGAAUCCCAAGGACAAUAUGGCUGAAUCAACCAAAGCAUGUGUGGAUUAUCAGCAGAAAACACAAGAUCCCCUUAUGUCAAUACAUCAGGUAAAUUAUAAUACACAAUACUUGGACUCACCAAUGAAACUUAAACAGCAGAUCAGAAUGAAGCAAGAGAAACCCCAUGUAACAAAAGCAAAACUCUCACUUGAAGAAGCUGAUAAUGUAAGCCCUGACUUCAAUACUCAUAUGGAUGCCAAACGCAACAAAAGUAAUCACUCAAAGGAUGCUUAUCAAAAGAACUAUCAAAUGAAUAACGAAUCUCAGCUGAGUCAAACAAAAGGAGCCAAUUAUCAAGCAGAUAAUUCAAAGAAUCCACCCAUUUUGAAAACAGACAUCGUCACAGCAUCAGGCUAUACUAAAGCGCCAGUGAAUGCUACACUUUCAAAUGAUACCCAAAUGUCUCACACCAGCUAUUUGAUUCCCCAGCUAUCACCCCCAAUGAAGCCUCUUCCUCAGUCUAGCCCACCAAAGGUAACAUCAGCAAUCAGGAGAACUCAAAGGACCCCAGAGGUGAACAGAAGCUGGAGAUUGAUAGCAGCAUCCAUCAAUACAUCACCAGAGAUGCUGAAGCUUAGAGGGAAAAGCCACUAUAACCCUGUCUAUACAGAACAUCAGGGACAUGUACGCUCAGAUAGUCAGUUGCGCAAGAGGAGUAAAGCUCACAAUGGAGGUCUUCAGGAAGGAGAUAUUCUGGUGUCUAUCAAUGGGAAGAAUGUUGAAGGCAAGAGUCACCCUGAUGCCAUGUCCCUAGUUGAUGCUGCAGGGAAUGACAUUGAUAUGGUUGUCAUGAGAGGAAGUGAAACUGCGAGGCAAUUUGGAAUUGGAGUAGAACAACCUGCUCCUGUAAAACAAGCAGCUGCCCCUGCCCCAGUGGAACAACCCAAACCACUAAAGGUUGCUAAAAUCCCAGCGGUCAAACCAACUGAGCCAGUACAACCUGCCCAGAAUGUGGCACCAUCUAAGGCUCAGUUGAACUUUCAACAGCCCUAUGACAACAUAGAAAAGCAUAAUGUAACAGAAGAGACUUUCAAACAAGGUGAUAGCACACAUAAUAUACGGACUGAGGUUCAAGAAGGAACUGUUGGUAAUGCCAAAAUAACCAAAACCUCUCGCCAGGAGAAGAUAACCACAUCUUCAGGUGAUUUAGGACAUUCUGGUGGAAAACAGAUUUUCAAAGUUAAGAACAUUGCAGAGAGGUUAGGUGGUAAAAUAGAUCAAACACAAAAAAUCCCUCCAUCUAGCUUUGAACCUGGUAGACAAUUUGGAGAAAUAAAGAAAACCACCCAAACCUACCAGGCUGCCCAUAAACCCUCUCAACCUGAAAUAAACCCCAUGGCUAAUCCAGGGAUCCAAUAUGGUGAAAUUAAAAAGACUCCAAAGGCAAUGCCUGGGCCUGGUCCCAAAUUUCAAGUGCGUAAUGUUCAAGCUAAUGUGUUACAGCCUUCACAAAUAACAUUAGGACUAAGUAAUAGCCAACCAAAGCCUGAAGAACCCUCUGCCCCUCAGCCUAAAAUAUGGAGCCCGGGUCAACCAAGCACAAAGGAGAAUGUAUCUCCAGCCCAAGUGUCCCCUGUAAGUAAAGGACCACAGUUUAAUGUUAGAAGAAUCUCAGGCCCUGUUGAGAAGCCUCCAACAUGGCAACCUACACAUGUACCACAACCAAAGCCUCAACCCCCAAAAGAAGAUGUAAAGGUUAUACCUAUACAACAUGACCCUCCCUCACAAGAGGUGCCAAUGGAACAAGAUGACCCAUCCUUAAUACCACACCAAAAAGGUCAUUUCUGGGCUUCACCUAACAAACAAGUCAGUGUGUUAAAAGAUGAGGCUAUGGACACCAGUCCUGAUUCUAGCAUAACUAGUGGCAGAAGGUCAAAAAAGAAGAUGUUUGCAGAUUCAGCAUUCUAUGACAACCCUGAUGCCCAAUACCCAAGCAUAGAUGAACAAAUUGAAAUGUGCCGUAGGGUUGCUGCGCAGUUAACUUCCCCAGCUAAUCAAAAGGCUAGGGGUGCGAAAAUGUUCAUGAAGCGUGUAAAAAAGGCUGGAAAGUGGACACAUGCAGGAUCUGAAUUUGGAGGUAGCUCCGGUAGUGGUCAUGGUGACAUAGGAGACCUUGAGGAUGUUUCUGAGCCAUAUGAACCUCCUUCACCAGAUCCAAAUUCUGCAUUGUUUAGUUUUAAAAUACCCCAGUUCUCUCCUGCUGAUUUAAUUGGUGGAAAAGAAAAACUUAAAACGAAAUUAACAGCACAGGACCUAGAGAACAUGCGAUUAAGCAAGCCAAAAAAUGUUCAUAAUACAGUGCCAGCUGAGGCAUGCUUUAGUCUUGCAUCCGCAUUGCAAGAGGCAAAGGGAAGGGGAGGGAAGAUCUUUGAAAAGCGAAGAGCAAAAUCUGAGAAUUGGGUGGUGGAUGAGUCCAAUGUGAAAGAGCCUCCAACACCACCUCCAGCUCCUCCUAAAUCAGCUGGACCUGAGGUUGGGGGACAGCAACCUAGAAACCGUCUAACAGAGAUGGUAGAGUUAGCCAAGGCUGAAGUAACACCCUGGGAAGCAGCUGCUGAAAAUCCAUAUGGCAAUCUGGAUAAAGCAUUUAGUCAUCUUGACAAGUAUAAACGUGACAUAGCUGCAGCAGAAAUUAAAGCAGAUCUUAAAGGAAAAGGAAGUGGAGCCCCAACAAGCAGUACAGCCCCAUCUACUGCAAUGUGGACCCCAGCAUCACAGAGUGGUCAAACAGUUACUACCCAGUCUGCACCACACAAGACUCCCCCACCCACAAUGCCAAAGACAGGGGGAAAGGCAAACUAUAACAAGAAACCAAUGGGAUGGUCACCAGUUGGGCAGCCCAGUAGUGGAGUGUCAACACCUUCAUCACAGACACCAAGGUCACAAAGUACAGGGCGACUCCAUGUGUUGCGUAGCAGUAGUGGUUCAAGAUUAGAGAGUGAUAAUGACAGUACAAGUAGUGCAAGUACUGUAAAGUCUGCAAGAUUAUCAGCUGGCCAGCGCCACACCACAACUCUACAAUUCAACCCAAGUAGGCAAUAUAGCAGCACCUCAAACAGCAAUGACAACUCAAUUGGAAAUGAUCUAACACAUGCUGCCAGUUUAACACCAACUGAUGGUCAGAUGGGAUUUGUCAUUGGCGACAAACAGAACAGGAAGUACAUGGUCAAUGUGAAUCUAACACCUAUACCAAACACUACUUUUGAUGAACAAGUUAUGACACAGCCUUUCAGCCAAAAUAGGCAGUCAUUCAACCAUAGCAGAACUGGCUCCUUUCAGAACUACCAAGCAACUCCACCAUCAAGUACCCCCAUGCCUGUAUCAACAAGCAGCGCUCCAGGUGGGAUGCC